UACUUAGAUGAAAAACAGAGACCAUACAAAAUAUUUCAUAGUAAAAUAGCUACUUGUGGUGUAGUUAAACCAGGCCAAACUCCCCACCACACAAAUCAUUUGUUGUUACCAUUCUCCACACUUUGCUGUCUAUAUAAACUUUCCUCAAGUCUCCAUCUUCAUCCACCAAAGUUCACUUGGAACUGUUUAAAUCAUCUGCUACAACAAUGGCUCAUCUCUCCCUUUACCUUCUCUUCGUCGUUGUCUUAUCAUCAAUCAGCAGCCAUGCAAAUCAAGCGGAGGCUCGCCGUCUUUUGAACGUAACUUUGCCGGAUCUGCCAAAGCCUGAUCUCCCCAUUGGCCUCCCAAAACCCGAGCUACCGGCAUUACCACAGCCUGGACUUCCCACGUUACCUAUGCCCAAUCUUCCACUGCCAGAACUUCCAAAACCUCAGCUGCCAACUUUUCCCAAACCGGAGUUGCCAGUACCUGUGCCAGAGCUUCCCAAACCAAAGCUACCAGAGUUGCCAGUACCGUUGCCCCCUCUGCCAAGCCCUUAAGUACGAAGGUUCCCUCAAUGAAGGAAAGUGUACUACAUGCUAUCCAGAAAUAACUCAUUUGUAUGAUUGUUAUUGUUGUAUAUCUUUGUGAAUGCUAUGUAAUGAUUUUCUAUUA